AUGAUAAUGGAUAUUCAAAAACACCCAUUGAUACCGAGACACGUUUUCAUUACUAUAAGAAACAAUUUCAACGCUAUUGAUAAUGUUUUAUCCUUACAUUAUACUAAUCAUACCUCAAAUCCAUUGCUAAACAAGAUAUUAGGCCAAGCGUCUUCAUUAACUCAAACAAAAGUUACCAUUACUCAUUUAGAACAAAUCAUGGAAAUAACCGAUUCAUUGUAUGAGAUAUAUCGAUUAGAUGAGGAAUUAAUAAUUAAGUUUACUUCAAAUACUCAACUUGCUCAACGUAGAGAGGUUUUCAUAAGACAUAUCAAUGAGUGGAUUCAAACCCAUCAACAGUUGAAUACUGUACCACCAAAAAAGUCAUCAUAUACUACUGAAGCAACAUUUGCAUUGUGUAAAUCACUACCGUCAUCACCGGUAUCAUUUUUGAAAACUUCACCUAACAAAAUCAUUAAACCUCGAUCAGCCAAUUCAUCACCAACAAAAAUGAAGAAUCGAUCAUUAAAUUUUUCUGAUUUGAAAAAUGAUUCAUCAAGAUUCAAAUUUAAAGAAAAAUUGGAAUCAAUAGAAAGUAGUAAAUUUAAUGGAUUAUCAUUAUUAGAAAGAAUUAAAUUAAAAGAGAAAUUACGUAAGCAACAAGAACAAGACGAAUUAUCGAUGCAACAAACUCCGCAAGAUAAAUAUCAAAAUUAUUUAUUAACGAAAAUCCCCAUGAUUUAUAAUGCCAUUUAUCAAUUAUAUCAAUGUCAACCAAAUAAUUGUAAAACAUUUUCCACAAAGAAACUUAUCCAAACCAUCCAAGAUAGUUCUUCUUAUCCGGUAAUCCCUGACGAAAUUCAUGAUGGGAUGAAACUUUUAUCAGCUAAACUACCAACAAAACUUGAUAUGAUUGAAAAGAAUGAUAUUAAAGUUAUUCGUGUUACCAAUUUAAAUAGAGAUCAAGAUUUAAAGACAUUCGAUACUUAG